UCCUCUCACGCUCAUCUCCUCGAAACACGUAGGCGGACGUACCGUCGUCGAACGUCUCGUAGUACUUGAGAUUCGCGUAGCUCGCGCAUGACGACUCGCUCGUUCACAGGUUCGACGGAUCUUGCGCUUUAAUUGAAGGAUGAUCCACGCAAUAACGUAAUGGUGUCACAUAUAAGAGGCUUAAAUUAGGUGUAAUUAAACAAGGUGACCGAACCGUUUGUCAGACGUUAUGUAAAUGCUUUUUGUACGCACGUGCGCGUGUGUUCACUGUUCGUUUGCAGUUCCGUUGCGCAAGCCGUCCCUAGGAGAAGCGCGCUCGAGUCGAGAGAAAGAUCAAUUAAGAAACUCGCCUUUUUCGAGAAAAGAGGUGUAAAGAAGGUGUCGAGCAGCUCGUAAGAAACGGGAGAGAGAGAGUCCCACAAUUCGAGCCGAUAAUCCGCAACGGUCGUUCGCACAUUAUCGCGGGAGCGCGUUCCAACGCGACGGGCAAAAUGCGCCUUCGCGGGCGCCGAUUAACGCGUGCGACUCGCAAAUCUGUUUCACCUUGUGUUCCAACGAGCGCUCAGUCUAAUUGUUAGCACGCACGUUUAGCACCUUGUGCAAUUCCCAACGUCGACACUUUUAGUACGCUAGCGCGAGAGAAAUAAAAAAGGGGAAAGAAAAAAAGAGGCGGAUCCGUGCCAGACACCAUAGCUGGCGCGGGAUUUAUCCACGUAUUGACACGUGAUUCGCGUAAGUAAUAGAAAUUAACGUGCGUCUCUUCGUCCUAGACAUCGUUCAUGCUUCUUUUUUUUCCGGUCAUCGAGGCCAUCACGAGCGCAUCGUCGCAAUCGCAUCGCCUUAACGAACGCAAAUGGAAUACUCAAGUGUCGGGCCCGUUUUCAUCUCGAACUGAGGCACCGCGAGCGAGGCAGCGCGCGCCGGUGCGCGUACGUUCGUCGGGACGAGGCGUAGAUUGCAGGAAGGCCUGCAUCAGCAUUAAAGCGCAUUACAACGUCCUCGGCGCGCGUUGUCCUAAUUCGCUCGUCGUUACGAGGAGGGCCGUCGUCUGCAGGACGUGCAAUUGCAUAACGGAUCAGCGCGCACCGGUUGGAGUGAUUACACCAAGCGGCCACUCGUAGCCACCGCCGAUAUUUCUGGGGCAGAGAAGUCUUUCGCGCUAAAGUCGAUACGCUCCUCUUGACCUCGAGGAGGACCGGCGAGGACGAGUGGUGACCCCCUCCCUCCCCCCUCGAGAUGACGUGACGCACCGGACGAGAGGAAUGCCGGUGCGCUGACGCGGACCGCUCCUCUUCUUCGGCGGAUAUCUCGUCGACGACAUGCGACCCGGGCAUCGGGACGCCGUCCGGACGGAUUCGAACGGUUGGCGCCCGAUCAGGUUCUGACGACCGUCGCGAUCACGGCCGACUCGUCUCACCGUGUUUCUCACUCGGUGUUCACGUCGGGGACGCUGAACGUGGCGAGCGCGGUAGUCGUCGGCGGUCACGUCACGUUCACCGGGUGAGCCAGGAACGGCAACGAUGGUGCACAGUUGUUCGUCGAGAUGCGCCAAGCGCGCCUUCGUCUUCCUGUUCGCCUGGGGUCUGCUGAUGAUCGCGGCGGUGCAGUUCCGCCACCUGGAGAACAGGGCGCUGCGCGACGGUGCGCCGACAGCCGAGGAGAGCAACCUGGCGGAGGUCGCCGACGGCACCGGCAACGAGCGUGGCGCGAGCCGCUCCUCGAGCCUGGGUCUCUCCCGCUACCUGCUGCAGAGAUCAUACGGCGAGUCCGCGAAUUCCGCCCUCUUGACCACCCUGACCACGAUCAGGAGCCGUCUGGAGGCGACCAAGAGCCCGUUCGAGCUGGAGCCGCUGUUGGACAAGAGGCCAGCUAAAACUGAGCAGCAGCUGAUCGAGGAGAUCGCCGAGAGGAUACCCAGCCUGCCACUGGGCGAUUGGACGAAGAACAACAGACUGAGCCAGAAGAAGGGGAACGACAGCUGCUCGAGGUACCCGCAGAUCUACGAUCUGGAGUUCAAUAAUAUUUACUGGCAGACGAUGCGCACCAGCAACGGCACGUUCCAGUUCUUCGGGGCGUUCUUCGACAACCGGCGGCUCUCGAAGAUCGGGCCGGCGGUGAGGAUCGUCGGUAUGAUCGAUCGGAUCGAGCCGACCGUGAAGACGUACUGUCAGUUGUGGUACGAGAACGAGCGGGAGCCCAGGAUCGUUGAAACGCACGAGUACAAGUACAUCUGGUACGCCAAGUGGGGCAACUACAAGCAGGGUAUCUAUCAGCCGUACGUGAUAGCGUGCAGGGUGCCGCCCCAGGCGUCCGGCAGGCCGCCCUCCUCCGUCUCGAUGGUCGAGAAACGUUGCGACACCGCCAGUAAUAAUCUGCGGGUGAUCUACAACAAGCCGCAGCGAAAGAAGGACUUCGCGGUAUGCGUGAAGGGACUGGACUUUCUGCACGAGGACCUGUCGGUCCGGCUGAUCGAGUGGAUCGAGCUGAUCAGCCUGCUGGGCGCCGACAAGAUCUACUUCUACGAGCUGCAGGUGCACCCGAACGUGACCAAGGUACUGCAGCAUUAUCAAAGCCUGGGUAUGGUACACGUGACCCCGCUGACCCUGCCAGGCGGCCAGCCGAACGUGCCGGCCUUCCAGCACAUGUACCUCACGAAGAAGACCAAUCACAAGCGGCAGAACGAGCUGAUACCGUACAACGACUGUCUCUACAAGCACAUGUACGAGUACGAGUACAUCGCGCUGCUGGACGUCGACGAGGUGAUCAUGCCCGUGAACGACGCGACCUGGCAGGGCCUGAUGCGCCGAGUGCUGCCGAAGGCACUGAAGAUACGGAACGAGACUCGCGCCUCGUACAACGUCAGGAACGUCUACUUCCUCGACGACCUACUGCACUCUCAUGGUUACUUCAAGGACAUACCCAAGUACAUGCACAUGCUGCAGCACGUGUACCGCUCGAAGAACUUCACCAAGCCGAACCAGUACAUCAAGUGCUUCCACAAUCCGGAACGGGUGGUCACCCUGCACAACCACUUCCCGUUGGCGUGUCUGGGCGCCGGAUGUACCAGCUACCCCAUCGAGACCGAGGACGCGCAGCUGCAGCAUUAUCGGGCGGACUGCGUCAAGUCGCUGAAGAAGACGUGCGAGCAGUACCGGGGCAACAGUGUGGUGGACACGACGAUAUGGCGCUACAAGGACAAACUGAUCGACAGGGUCACCAGCACGCUGAAGACCCUCGGUUUCUUCGGCCCGAGAUAGCGACGAAGAUUAAUCUCUCCUCCACCACCUCGCUGUUCGUUUCAGCCUCCCCUCCUCACUUCCUCUCUCGAAGCUCCGAUCGCGCGGUUCGGGGAUUCGCGCGAGCCCGUGAAUCCGUAGGCGGUGGUCGCUGAAGAAACUUGACCGGAGAGGUUUAAUCGAGAGACACGCACGAGAUAUAAGUGUAAACGGUAAACUGGAUUCCAACGGCGGAGCGUAAUAUCGCGGUCUCGCCCGCUCGUCGGUGUGCGUACGACGAUAAGAGGCGUCCCGUAAUCGGCGAUGUUCGUCCGGCGAGAGACGCGGUAAGGUGGUGUGUAUCAGAUCGCUCGCAUCAGUAUCGGUAAGAUCGGCGAAUUACCGCUUAAUGAGCGCGGAUAAAAGACCAGGAAGAGACACCGCGAAGGUCGACGCCGCCCGUUCCCUUCUUUUUUUUAUCAGCGCGCUCGGAUCGCGCGCGCUCGCUCGCGUCGUAACCAUCGAGCUACUUUUGGCGGACGGAAGCCGAGGCGAUAAAAGAAGCAGGAACGAAAAUGAAAGCAAAAACACGUUAACGAGAAUACAGUCGAGAGAUUGCAGUUCGUCGAACUUCCACGAGUUCUCGCGAGUUCUCGCUCGCGGGGCUUCGUUGCGCGAGUACUCUCACGGAAUAGCUCUCUCUCUCUCUUUCUUUCUUUCUCGGAGAGUCGGAGUUAAUAAGUUUCCUGAAAAAGAGAAAAAAAAAGUAUCGCUAUCGAGCGACUAUCCAUAUCCCGGCGAAUCGCAGCCGAAUAAAGUCGCGGGCGAUUUACGUUUUACGCGGGAAACCAUUACGCCCGAUUUAUGCGCCGCCGAUUAACACGGUAGUUUUCGCGCGCACCCCGUUAACCCGCGAGGCGAGAAUUAUCUCUAGGUCGGGCGUAAUUGCGGUUCGAUUUACAUCGACAACCAGUCACAAAUUUUCGCCGAUCCGGACAACAAGCGGCCGGAUUACGGUUCGCGUCGAAAGAGCCUGCGGUAUUUCGUUCUUUUUUUUUUCCUGUUGUAAAUAAUUCCUCCCGAGUCUCGCGAGUAUGCUCAAUAAUAAUAGGAUUUACGAGUCAGCGAUUGAUCGAUAGAGCCAUCGCCCCAUAGCUGUGACAUGGCAACGAAUCGGUAAACGUGUCGCGGCUGCACUCGAGAGGUUGCCCGAUGUUCGACUAAAAGCUGACGAAAAGCCGAGCAGAAGAAGCUUAGUUGACCCUUCAAAGUUGAAUGAAAGACAUGAAAGUAGUUGCUGUAUCGCAAUUUGUACGAAUACGAUGACGAAAGAAUUGCAUCGGAAUUACAUUACGACGCGAAAGCAUACUCAAGCGUAUACGAUAAAUGGAUACACAGGAUACCGCCUAUUUUUUUUUUUUUAACGUAACCGUCGUAGAAUAUUUUGUUGGAAACGAUCGUUGAGAAGGCGUUGCCAUACCGUUCCGACGACUGAAACGCUGUGUGUUUAGGAUUUAAAUAUUGUUAUUAAUUAGGAUUAAGGUUACUUUUAAUGUGAAUCCUCCGCGCGGUCGCAAGGCGGUCUGUGUCAGUCGUAAAUUUACGAAACCGGAAACCGGAAACUGUUCGAAUUUUCUAUCCGAACGUUAUCGUUGCGCGAUAAGCGAGGGAGGAAUCGUACGAAAACAAAGUUCCACAAAGGCUGCUCAUUUUAUGUUUCAUAAUACAUUUUAGUGUUUCUCUCGUACGUUUUAAUUCCUAGUUAAUUUCUAUAUUUUUUUUUAUGGAACACACAACGAUCUAAAUCUUAUUAAUUGUAUUUCGAUGCGACACAUAGAAUGCUUUCUUUAACGGAAUACUUUGAGUAUUAUUGUUUUACUUGUUCCUUCGGUUUCGUCAAAUUUGAUCAGACGCUUUGCGAUUUCGGAGAACUUCUUCCUCUCCUUAUGGUGAACCUCGAUCGCUUUCUGCGCGACGACGAUCGACUCUGCUUAUCAAGACUCGAUUGGAGCGUCGCUUCAAAAAGCGAGAAGGCGAUUCACGUUGCACCAUGAGACAUAUCAAUAUAACGGGGACCAUUGUAGAUAAGAGUCGUUCGACGUGCGUUAUGGUUUUAAAUCAACGUUGCUGAUUUAAAACACGCGAAGACAAUACACCGCAUUCUUUGCAUGCGGAGACGCGCGUUAUCCUUCGAGCGGGAACACCGAUGGACGGACGAAAUGGUGCCUUUGUUUUUAAUUGAUGUGUAUAUUCUCGAAUAUUUAGCGUUAAAUGUGAUCUUUACUCGCGCCUUCCGCUACUAUUUAUAGAAUAUGAACUUUUUCAAAUCGGCCGGCAAGACAAAGAAAAUUCGACUGAAUAUCUUGCGUUGGGCCAACUUACUUGUGCGUUACGUUUCGCAAGACGAAACGUUUUUAUUGGAUGCGUAACGAUCUCCCGGUAACAAAAGGGAGAAUGUGAAAGCGUUUCGUUUCUUUGUACAUAUCAUUAGGCUCCUAUCUAUUAUCUUUAAACUCCGUUUCAAAGAUAAUAAACGACUACACGAGGAAGAUA